UUGAGUUUCUUUACCUCUCGUUUAAUAUGAAUAGAAAUAUCUGUGCGACAGUGUUAGGCGGAGCUGCUUUUUUUUUUGGGAUAUUUAGAAAACAGCACGAAAAUGGAGCUUGAAAUCGUUAAUGCAAAAACGUCAAAAACCUGUGGAAAAAUCACUGUGCCAGCCGACACUGACAUUGCCCACUUAAGACAACUCAUCAGUAAAAAGUUCCGUAAAGAAACUCCAUCCGCUGACAGGCAGUCUUUGCGUUUGGAACCCAGAGGCAAAGCUCUCAAGGACACCGACACCUUACAUGGUCUUAAAUUAAGAACCGGCGACAAGGUCUAUGUGAAAGAUUUGGGCCCUCAAAUUGGAUGGAAAACGGUGUUUUUGGCUGAAUAUGCUGGCCCACUUGUGGUAUAUUUACUUUUCUAUACCCGUCCCGAAUUAGUUUAUGGCAAAGAUGCUACCGUGCCAAUUUCCCUUACCACCCAUAUUGCUGCAGCCUGUUACACUGUUCAUUAUGUCAAGCGAUUAUUGGAAACGAUUUUUGUCCAUCGUUUCUCACACUCGACUAUGCCCUUGCGUAAUCUCUUCAAAAAUUGCUCUUACUAUUGGGGCUUCACAGCUUAUGUGUCAUAUCAUGUCAAUCAUCCCUACUUUACAUCGCCUUGCAUGUGUCAAGUUUGGGCUGCACUGGCUUUGUUUGCGUUCUGUGAAUUAGGCAACUUCUCUGUGCACAUUGCUUUGCGUAAUUUGCGUCCACCCGGCACAAAAGUUCGCCGUAUUCCUGUUCCCGAUGGCAAUCCUUUGACCAAUUUGUUCCGCAUGGUUUCUUGCCCCAACUACACUUAUGAAAUUGGAGCCUGGUUAUCCUUCUCCAUUAUGACAUCAUGUUUGCCAGCUUUGCUUUUCGCUUUUGCUGGCGCCUUCCAAAUGACUGUAUGGGCCUUGGGCAAACACCGUAAUUACCGAAAAGAAUUCAAAGAUUAUCCCAAACAGAGGCGUGCCAUCUUUCCAUUUAUCUUGUAAAGCUGCUAAGGCUCUCAGAGAACAAAAAUACGAUCUUGAUAUUUCAAACUUUCGUUACACAUUUUUUCUUCGAUAUCUCCCGCACAAUUAACUUUCCAUAUAAAUUUCUUUUAUAAGCGCAUUACAAAAUGUAAGACAAUUCAUUUUUCUUAUUAUAAUUAUUUACAAAAACAAAGUAAAUUCAUAUUCAAACUUUUAGAAAAAGGUGUGUACGUGGUUUAGAUAUAGUCAUUUAAAAUAUAAUUUAUUUCUAACAAUGAACUUUUAUAUCUAGAUAUGAUUAGAAAAGUAUGUGCAUUAUAUGUCACAUGCAUAUAUACUUAUGCUUUGAACAAAAACAACUCAAUAAAGAUGGUAAAGUGAACAAA